ACAGAGAUGAGGGGUGUGCUCACAAUCAAAACACUUUCUCGUACGUCUAAAGUGAACUUUCAGAAAGACCACCGAAGACUUUUUACCUACUGAUUUGAUCAACUCGUGACCUCACGACAACUUUAUGCCUGAGAGAAAGACACUUUAUAUGACAUAAACACGAUGAUCGCAUCUGAUGAAUCACAUGUAGAAGGGAAAGGUAAAAACCAUCUGGACAUUAAUGGACCCUGUGGCAAGUUUAAGGGAAUGAAGUUCCCCGUUUCUGCGGGGAAUAACAACAUCUGUCGGUCCGUCGCACCUGUGACCUCACCUGAGUCUGCCUGCGCGCGCAUCUCGCUGCCAGGUGUGAUGGACGCUGAGGGGCGAGUGGACGAAUCCAGACUCAGAAUGCAUAUAUUUAAAAACGGUGGUGUGUCCCCUGACGAACGGGGUCAGGUAUGGCGUUUUCUGUUUGGGAUGUACCCUUGCAGCUCUACGUCUCUAGAGCGCCACUUGCUGCUGGAACAGAUGUCGGUGCGCUAUCAGGUCAUGAAGAGGAAGUGGCAACACCUGCUUCCUGGAGCCAUUCGCCUGCGUCUUAAUGGCACUGAUGCUGAACUGUUGACAGCAGUGAAGUUUUUUGACCAGAGGCAGGACAGAGAGCAGAAUCAGCAACACUAUCAGUAUCAGUCAGAAGAGGCCAAAGAAAAGUUGUCCUUUUUGCAACUUCAGGCUCAGGUGCUAUUUGAACGUGUAACCUUUGACCUGGAAGAGCUCCAGGAAGCCAUCCGCAUCAUUGACAAAGAUGUUCCUCGAACCGAUCGAGAUCUUCCUUACUACCGGAAUGAAGGUUUGGGUAACCUGCUUGUGUUAAGAGAUAUCCUAAUCACAUAUGCUGCUUUUCACCCAGAAGUAAGUUACGCUCAGGGUAUGAAUGACCUGUGCAGUCGCUUCCUAGAAGUUCUCGACUCAGAAGUGGACACUUACUGGAGCUUCUCCUGCUACAUGGAGAAGUUUUCCAAAGACUUCCGUGCUGAUGGGCUGUAUCGCAAAAUGGAAUUGGAAGCUGCUUUACUAAAAGAACUGGAUCCUCAACUACACUCUCAUCUGGUCACAGAUAACAUGGAAAGACUCACUUUUUGUCACAGGUGGCUUCUGUUGGGUUUCCAGCGGGAGUUUGAGCACAGCGAUGCUCUGCGUCUGUUUGAGAUUCUCAGCUGUGAUCACCUGGAGCUCAUCUCACAGCAGGUGGAUCGUGUUCGAUAUCAGGAGAGGCUGGCGCGCAAACACAGCCUGGAGGAGGAACCUGUGACGGAGCUACAUGCCGUAAACACAGAUUUCACCUUUGAACUCUUCAUGUGUGCCACCAUCUUGCUGGAGAACAGAGACAAUUUACUCAGCUGCAGGAACGAGGUUCAGCUCAUACAGUUUACCAGCAGUUUGCAGGGCAAGCUGGACCUGAACAGCACCCUGAGGAAAGCUGAGGAACAUUUUUACAACUACUGCAAACGCUCAUCCUGGGACUAUUUGAAUGGCCUCUAUCGCACACGCAAGAGCAAAGAGGACCAUUUCUUAUAUCAUCUCCGUAACCUUUUUUCCUGAGACCAAAACGCCAGCAUGGAAUUUGUCAAGAAACAAUCUUGUUGACAGAUACUCAUGGAAAAAAACGUUGACUUUAUGCUCUAGUGGGAUUUGGGGAAUCCAGUGGGAAUUUUAUUCCAAAGAUUGAUGCUGCUUUUAACCAGAGUUUUGAACAGGAACAAGAUGGACUCCUUCCAGACCGUUCCUUCAAUAUUUAAUAUUUUAAGGCUCCUAUUAUGGUGCAAUCAUGAGAACAGCAAAACACUACUCUAAGAGAAUCAAAUAAGACUUGUAUUUAACCUUUUACCCUGACCAUGCUUGAAAAUAUAAGUAGCAUUUGGGAAUUUAACAGUUUUUUGAUAGUACUACUGAAAACCUAUUGACUGCAGAGAUGCUUCAUCUGUUAAAGUAAAUCAAAAUUCGAACAGUAUUUUAUUGUGCGCAAUGGUCCUUAGCGCUGAUCUAAGCGAGACCCGACCCGUGAAUGUUAAUCACUCGUAGAAAAAUAGUGCUUGCAUAAUUUACAGCACAAUAUAAUAAUAGAAACACAGGCUCAGUUCUGAGAAGCUCUAGAAGACCCUCGGUGGUGUUGUCUUACUAGUCGUGGAGUGUUCAAGUAUCUACUGUUCAGAAAUAGCACGUUGAACCAGGACACCCUUGGCCGUGAGUCCACACUGCAUUGGUUUAAUUAUGUAAGAUGCACAAAACAUGAUUGGACACUCGGAGAUAUUGCACAUAACGUUUGGUGGUUAUUUAUUAAGAACUGACACUGACUUAUUUAGUGAGAGAGUGAUGUUUAAUUUGGUUUCUAAGACAAUUAAAUGAAUGAACAACAGUUUUUGGGGAACGGGUACUGUAAUUUUGAUGUUUGGAUUGUGUUUUGAGGUUUACACAGUUUAUUAAUGUUUUAAUUAGCAAUGUAGCAAUAAUUUAGAGACACUGCAAUGUUAAACAGAAUGAAUGAAUCCACUGUAGCCGUGUAUUUUUAGUCAAAAGUGACGUGUGUGUGUGUGUGUGUGUGUGAGAGAGAGAGUUUUAUUUUAAGAUUACUAUGUGACAUUUAAGCUGUCAGUUUUUAGUGAGUCACUUCAUACAGAAUAGACUCAUGUGUGCUAUCUAUUAAAUAUUCUUGUGAAAUAAAGUAUUGAGAUUUGAA